CAUUGUUAAAAAAAAAUGUGUAGAGCAUUUAGUUUAGACAUAUAAAGUAAUAGAAUAACACAAAAAAUCGUGAUAAAAAAUCAUUUAUAGUUUUGUGAGUUAUAGAUGGAAAUAGAUAGACUAUCUUUUCAAACAUGACUGUGAAGUGAAAUGUUAUCACAUCAAAAAAUUGGGCAUUUUUAGAGUGAUCCUUUGCUAUCAAUUAUUACCACCAAUUUCAUUCUUUUUGAUUAACUCCUUUCAUUCUCCCUUUUAAAUGUAACUUUAUUCUACAACUUCUUUUGAGUGAUGUGACAGCAAUACUUCAUUUCUAGGAAUUUUAAAAAUGAAAUUCGCGGGGCUUCGUUAGCGUUGUUCAUAGUUUUGCUGUGUGGUGCGGGGGUGCGGUGGGUUUCUUCCUGUAGUUGGUCAAAAGAAAGAGUGAAGUGUCGAGAACUAUAGCUGCGAAUGUCUCAAUGUAACGAAAAUGGUGAAGUGUGUGAAAAAGUGUAAGAACUUGGAUAACUCGGACCAUGACAGAGGCGUCGGAGGAUGGUAAUUAUUUGGUGAGGGUACGGGCACAGGUAAUGACACGGGAUGACAGUUCCGGAGGUUGGGUACCCUUGGGCGGUGGAGGUUUGGCAAAUGUUUCAGUGAGACGAAGACUUAUUCCUGGUGGUGGACAUCAAUUAAAUACAACAAAUGGCACCAGUAUAUCAACAACUACUAUCACCUCAACACCUUCAACAACUAAUUCUACGCAAACAACAACAAAUACGAACACCAAUAGCCAGGGUCAUGCAUCGUCUGGUGCCUCACCACCUGGUGCACCGAAAAGAAAACACGAAUACCUCAUAUUUGGAAAACGAAUUACAGAUCAGUCGGUGGUUCUUAGCUGUACUAUAAAGAAAGAUUUUGAAUAUAACAAAGUCAUGCCUACAUUUCAUCAUUGGCGUACAGGAGAGAAGAAAUUUGGACUGACAUUUCAAACUGCUGCAGAUGCACGUGCUUUUGAUAAAGGAGUACGUACUGCAGUUGAAGAACUUUUAGAAGGUCUUGCUGAAACGACAUUAAAUGAUGAUCUAACAGGCGUUGCGGAGGAUGAUGUUUUUAUGACACUUAAUCUACCAGUUGAUCCCACCGAUCAAAGGCAAACAUCAGACACAUGUGGAAUAGUAAGAAGGACAAAUUAUCAAUCACAUUGUUCAGAUUUAUCAGAAUCGCAUCGAUCUAUACCUUAUAUUAGUGAAACAUCAAUGAAAGUGCCACUAUCACAUCAUCCUUUAGAGUCAGCGGCCGAUACAACGUCUGAUAAUUAUCCAUACGUACAGUUAACGACAUUAAAUCAUGAAUAUUUAUAUCCUGUGAUUGAUGAUCAUAAAACAGAUCGACUCGAUCGACGUAAUUCAACGAGUUCAUUGAAGAAGCCCGAUAUUAUUGUUUCGCAACCUACGAAAAAUACGGCAAAACGUAAUAUUCGCUUUCGAUGUAAACAUUGCCAAGAAUUAUAUUCGGAACAACAUAAUCCACGUGGAUCAUGUGAAUAUGCACCAGAUCCAAUUAGACGUGGAAUUUCUUCCGUAUCCUGUCUUUCCUGUGCACAAUGUAUGCUCUAUCAUUGUAUGAGUGACGCCGAAGGUGAUUUUGCCCAAAAUCCGUGCAGUUGUAGCACGGAAGAAGGAUGUGGACGCCGAUGGCUCGGCUUAGCUUUACUUUCGUUGAUUGUUCCUUGCUUAUGGAUUUAUCCUCCAUUAAGAGCUGUACAUUGGUGUGGAAUGUCCUGUGGAAUUUGUGGCGGUCGUCAUCAUCCAAUGGAAUAACUGGAGGAGCCCUUUGAUAUCUCUGGACCGUUUUUAGUUGAAUCAUCGCGUUAUAAUUCAUCGCGUACAACCGUAGCAAAUGUCUACGAAUGUCAUGAUUUAAAUUUGGGACGAUGUCAGAGAUACCAAAGGGGCAGGCUUAUUCAUCAACGUCAUCACUAAAAAGGUGACUUAUAAUUAUUUUAUUUUUUAUUUUUUUUUUUGCAAAAAAGAGAUAAAAGAACCCCUCCCUGAAAGCACAACCCGCGAACGCAUUUAAUUCUUUUUUCACAAAAUUUAAAUGUUCCAUAAGUUUUGUGUCAUUUGUUAGCUUACGUCGAUGUACUUGAUGAAAGAGACGCAAAGGAAAAAAAAAAUCCCCAUCCUCCUCGAGUAUAUAAUAAUACUUGAUUCGUUAGUAUUAUGAAAAUGCUAGCAGUGUUCGAAUCAAAGGAGAAAAACUCAAGGAAAGUAACAAGUUAAGUUUUUUUUCUUGUAAAAAUUUUAUUCUUAACGUUGAUCGUUUUUGUAAUGAUUCGUAUUUUUUUUUUUAAAAUAACUGUGAUUUUUUUAAAUUGCAUUUUUGUCUUGAUUCGAUCACUGCUGUGAAAGUAAAUCAAGAAGUUGAUUUUGUUGUUUUCCAAAGUUUUUUUUUUCUUUUAUAUAAAUAUCAUUAUUCAAUGAUUUUUCUCGAAAAUGGAAAAAAAAGAAAAUAUUUCGUGAGAAUUUUCUUGAAACUUGAUCUGCUUGCUUAGUUAGUCUCUCGUCAUUAGAAAUAUUAGGUUUCAUUAACGUGGUCAAAGAGCUAAACGAGCAGACCGAACUGACAUAUAAUGCACUUACUCUUUAUUAUUAUUAAUCAAGAGCACUGCCUCAAGUUAUUGCGCGGAAAUUUUGCGAUGAUGAAAAAAAAAAAAAAAAAUUAAGAAAAGUGCCGAAACAAAGUCUCGAUUCGUUUUUUUUCUAUUAUUUAGUUUUUUUAAGUAUGUAACAAUUUUCGACGAGACUUUGUUUCAUAUAUAGGACAAUUUUUUUUGUUUUUGAGGCAUUACUCUACCGAGAAGUACUUCCUUUUUGCGAAUUUUCACAUUUUUUGACAAUCGAUUAUUUCUCAAAGCACAAGCAUUUUAUAAUAUGCGAUUUUUUUUUCAUUUUUUUUUUUUAUAAAUAAGUCUUCGUUUACCUUGUGUACACAUUAAUCCUAGUAAACUUGGAUAGUAAUGAGUACUGCUUGUAUAAAAUCAAAGGAUUGGAGCUGCAGUGCCAAAAUAUUUUUGCAACGAAUUUUAAUUUAGACUAAAUCGCGUAAUUGGAAUUGUUUUCCGUCGUAAUGUACAGUAUUAACGUUUAAAAUACGAGUUGCAAAUAUUGAUAAACAGAUGGCUUAACUGACAACCAUUUCCCAUUUUUAAAUUUCAAUUGCUUUCUUUAGAUCAAAGUCAUUUUGAGCUGAAAACUUUUAAGGUUUUUAUAACAAAAAUUAAUUUUUGUUUAUUUUUUAGUUAAAAAAGUCUUUUUAAAAAACAGAUAACAAUUGUUUUAUGACUAAUUUUUAUCACGUGAAUUUUAAUUUGUAAAAUAAAAUUUUAAUUUAACAUUUUUUUUUUUUUUGAUUUUAAAUUAAAAUGUCUAAUAAAAUUAAAUCAAAUAGUUUUUAAAAGAUAUAUUUUCAACUAAAUAGUUAAAAAAUAAGUUUUAAUGAAAGAAUUUAACAUUGUUUUUAAGUUUUGUCUUAUGAAUCCGUUAAGUUUAGUUUUUUUUUUUUUUUGGCGCGAUAUUGAAAUAAUGGAGAAAAUUUUUUCUGUGUUCUAUUUUAAAUAACAAAUUAUUUCGCUCUCAAGACUUUUUUAUUUCCUAGAUAAAUGGGCUAGGUUCUGCUGUACGUUUCUAGUCUACUAAUAAGAUUUUUCGCUUUAGCCUACAGAAGAACUCAAGGCUGAAGUUUCGCCAUCUUUGUAUUCUUAUUUUAUAGUUAGAUAAUUUAAAAAAAAACAAAAAUUUCACGCGUGAAAUGCACUUAAAUAAAAAAAAAAACGUCACCGAGCUGUAGAUUCUAAAACUGUGACCACAAUUCAAUAUUUAUAAUAUAUUCACAUCACAGUCUCAAAAAUUCACUUCAAAAUGCUUGACAAAAAUAAAAAUAAAGCCUGAGCUUUUUUCUUUUAGUAGAAAUUAAAUUAAAAUUUAGAUAUUUUUUAUUUUGCAAUUGUUUAUAAAUUUUGCUGUAUUAUAUUAUAAACUGUCUAUCUAAAUUGUAAAUUUUGUAAAUUUACAUUUUACAUUUAAUACAAAAUUGUAAAUUUUAAAAAUAAUAAUCAAUUAAUUUAAAUACAAUUCAAAUAUAUAAAGUUUACUAUUUUUACUGUACAAACUUUUCGCGAAAAGAAUAUUAUUGUAAAACAUUUUUUUAAAGAAAUGUUUUCAAAAGAAUUGUGAUCACAAUGUAAUGGAAAAAAAAAACUCCAAUGCUUUUUUUUGGAAUUGAAUUAAUCCUCAUUUUUUUGAUGGAAAUUAUUUUUGAAUUAGUAUAAUAAUAUUCUAAAUUCACAAUGAAGGAAUGUUUGGAAAAAAAAACUAAAUGUGCGACCAAAGAAAGACACAAAUUGUUUCUCGACUGUUGAUUUGCAAUUGUUAAUUAAAAAAAAAGAAAAUCAGAAAAAAAUGAAGCGAGCGCACUUUGCUUUCAUUGGUUGUGCAGCGGUGCAAGUCAUACUUACAUUAACUUUAGAGCAUUAACGAGUGGAAGGAAUUCUCGAGUGUUGAUGCAAAAGAAAAAAAGGCUUUUUUAGAUGAAUAUUAGUGUAUUCAAUUUUUGUAUUGACUUUUUUACAGUUUUGUAUUUUUCAAAAGACGCCAGUAUCCUCUUACGGGCUCAGAAGGGAAUACUGCUCGUCUUUUGCAAUUAGGAUAGCACGUAUAUAGAGAUAUAUAUAUAUAAAAAAAAAAAAAAAUUAUUUUGUACACUCGUGUGCACAGUGUUAAUGAAAAAGUUCACUGAGAAAUGAAUCAAGUCUCGUUUCAUAAGGGGGAAGAAAAAAAUGUUUGAAGCGAUUGACUAAUUUAAUAAGUAUUAACUUUGAUAAGAGCGAUUGCAAAUCAUGAAUGCAAUUCGGUUUUUCCUUUUUUUCUCAACUUAAACUCAGGUUGCUCUCAACGACAAGUAUAUAAUAUUAAAAUUACGUUUCUCUUCUUCUCUAUGCCAUUGAUUGUAUAAUUUUGACUGAUUGUCGAUAUGACACGAUGCGUAUCAUGACAAAAUAUAAAAUUUCAUUAUUCCGUCGAAAAGCGUUUUUUUUUUUAUAAAAAUAAAAAUUAUUCUUUCGCCCUGGUCGGGGAAAUUGAAAUAUAAAAAUCGAUUACCCCGACUAGAGCCAAUUUCGAGAUCUAUCAUCGAAUUUUCGUUUUCUAAAUUAUAAUAAUAAUAAUAGAUCCUGAUUAAAAUAAUUUCGAAUUUGGCAUUUGUGUACGGGAUCAUGUAAAUAAAUAUUAUUUACUGCCAUAACUAAUAUUUAGUUUAGAUAUGUCGAUGGUAGUCGCUUUACCAGAAGGUUUUGUUUUCAAGUAUUGCAUUGGCACGCAAAAUAGCACACGCUUGGUGUACAUGAUGAAUGUACCAUAAUAAUAAUUGUUGACAUCUUUAGUUACGAACAAACAAGUACAAAAAAUAAAAUAAACAAACAAAACUAUUUUCCCAAUAACGCAGUUGUGAUGUCUCUUACCAAAUGAGAAUACGCAAGUAAUCAACUUGAAAGGUGCAGCACUGCGAGUAUAUGCGAUGAGAGAAUGAUUCUGGAUGGAUGAUUGUAAAUUAAUUUAAGUUGCUUCGAUUCAAGAAUGUUUGUGAGUCGAGAGUGAAUGUGAAUUAAAAAAAAAAAUGCAAUGUGUCUAUAAUUAUAUUUUGAUCGACACGGAAAUUAUAUAUAUAUAUAUAUAAAUAUUAUAGUGCAUGCAAAAAAAAAAACCGUGACGAUUAAAACAAAAAAAAAAAUAAUUUUGACGACGAUAAUAAUUAUUGACACACAAUUAAAUAAUACAUGUAUAAAAUAAUAAUAUUACACGAAGAAACAAAAAAAUAAAUAAAUCUUCCCUUAAAAAACGAAAAGUCCCGAUAUUUGGGAAGUAAAUUCACCUGCCAAAAUUCUACACAAUUUUCAAUGUUUUAUUUGGCAGGAAUUUAACAGGGAAGGCCCAAAUAAAUAAACAAAGAAACAAAUAAAUAAAAAAAAAAGAUUAGAAACUCGUUAUUAUUCUCUACUUGCAAAGCAAAUGGGACGCUUUUGCAAGAAUGACGAGUAAAAUUUUAAUCCACAAAGUACAUUAUAUCAUAAAUGUCUAAAAACUUGUAUCAUUGUAAUUAAAAAAAAAAAAAUAUGUACCAUAAUCCUGAUGUAUGAAAAAAAAAAAUAAAUAUAUUAAGACAUUA